CUCGGCCGGUUUCCACCAGGGGAUCCUUCAGGAACCGUGCUGCGGAUGCGACCACAACGCCUGUUGCUUCUCCUUUCUUAACGCUUUGCUAUUGCUGGGAGAGUUGAGGACUCCGUGCCCGCUGAGAGGACUUUUAAAUAGACGCGGCUCCUUAAAGGUCUGAAGAAAUCGCAGACGAUGGCUUCUGACGCUAGUCAUAUGCUGGAAGCAGCUUUGGAGCAGAUGGAUGACAUCAUUGCAGGUACAAAGUCAGCUACAGAGUAUGCUAAUGGUGGUUAUGAUAUUGUGUCACCUGCUCCAUCAGUAUACUUGGGCACAUUUCAAAUUUUGCAUCUCCUGGAAGAUCUAAAGAUGGCAUUGGAAAUGAUAGAAGACCCCCAAGAGAAAGAAGCAUUGCGAAAUCAAAUUCCAGGAGCCACAGCAGUGUGUUUACGGGAGUGGUUUGAAGAGAAUCUGUCACAGGUGAAUCAUCAUUCAUCUAAUAAUGAAACUUAUCAAGAAAGAUUGGCACGAUUAGAAGGUGAUAAAGAAUCGCUCAUACUGCAGGUGAGUGUUCUUACAGACCAGGUGGAAGCUCAAGGAGAGAAAAUCCGGGACUUAGAAAUCUGUCUUGAGGGGCAUCAGUUAAAACUGAAUGCUACAGAAGAAAUGCUUCAACAGGAGUUGCUAAGUCGAACAUCACUAGAGACUCAGAAAUUAGAUCUAAUGGCUGAAGUUUCAGACCUGAAGAUUAAGCUGGUUGGUAUGGAAAAGGAACAGAGUGAAUAUGAAGAGAAACAGAGCAAAGCUGAGGGUUUGCUACAGGAACUUAGACAUCUCAAAAUUAAAGUGGAAGAACUGGAAAACGAAAGAAAUCAAUACGAGUGGAAGUUAAAAGCAACUAAAGCUGAGAUAGCCCAGCUUCAAGAGCAAUUAGCUCUCAAAGAUGCAGAAAUAGAACGCUUACAAAGUCAGCUAUCUAGGACCUCAUCACAUAGUGAAGUGGCAGAAAGAGAGGAAGUUUAUAGGAGAAGGCUAAAAGAAAAACAUCAAGAAGUUCAACGGUUGAAGAUAGGAAUGGAAUCAUUAUUGGCUGCAAAUGAAGAAAAGGACCGUCGAAUAGAGGAGCUAACACUAUUGCUCAGCCAGUACAGGAGAGUCAAAGAGAUAAUGAUUGCAGCUCACGGCUCUUCCAUCUCUGGCGGCAGUGAAGAGGAACUUGAGACAACUUUAAGGAAAUGGAAUCUUCUGAAUAAUCCUCAAGGAGAAAUAUUUAAACCAGAGGCCUCUUCAGGAGAAUUGUCACCAGCUGUGCUCUCUCCAGUGCCACACAAAGCUAUGGAAAUCAGUGGAAGCAUUCCAGUAUCUUCAAGUAAUUCAACCUCUCCACAAGAAGAAUCUUUGGAUAUUGCAAAUAGGGUACCACAGAAAAAAAAGUCGAGUAGUUUAGAAGACUUGCAGAGUGAAGCCCUAGAAAAGUGUGUAGAUGGAAAACCAGUACAACCUGUUGUAGAACAAGAGAGUAAGCCAGUUGUGAAAGGCAGCAAAUAUCAAACCUUGCCAGGGAAGCUGCCCCGACCCUUGCAGAAUGGAGAGCAGGGAACAUGUAAUUCACCAGAUGGCAGUGGAACCACCGACGAGGACAGCAGCAUCCUGGGCCUAAGAGAAACAGAGAAUGUGGAUGGUACAGUAGUCUCAGAUGACCUUUCACCAGUUUCUUCGGGAACGGAUUCAGGUCCACAAUCUCCACUGUCUCCAGAAAGCAGAAAGAGUCCAAAAGGGAUCAAGAAAAUCUGGGGAAAAAUAAGAAGAACUCAGUCAGGUAACUUCCCUGCAGACGACCUGGGACUGGCAGAGUUUCGAAGAGGUGGCCUCCGUGCAACAGCUGGACCUCGCUUAGCCAGAACUAAGGAGACCAAAGGCCAGAAAAGUGACUACAAUGCUCCGUUUGCUCAGUGGAGCACUGAGAGAGUUUGUAACUGGCUCGAGGACUUUGGUCUCGGUCAGUACGUCAUUUUUGCACGGCAGUGGGUGACUUCAGGCCAUACGCUGUUAACUGCGACACCCCAGGACAUGGAAAAGGAAAUGGGAAUAAAGCAUCCACUGCACAGGAAGAAAUUAGUUUUGGCCAUUAAAUCAAUAAAUGCAAAACAAGAUGAGAAGUCUGCACAACUCGAUCACAUCUGGGUGACGCGAUGGCUCGAUGAUAUCGGUUUGCCCCAGUACAAAGACCAGUUUCAUGAAUCCAGAGUUGACGGGAGAAUGUUGCAGUACUUAACUGUGAAUGACCUUCUCUUUCUGAAAGUCACCAGUCAGCUGCAUCACCUGAGUAUUAAAUGUGCCAUUCAUGUGCUGCACGUCAACGGUUUCAACCCCCACUGCCUACGCAGGAGACCAGUUGAGGAGAAUAACGUUUCUCCUUCUGAAGUAGUUCAGUGGUCCAACCACAGAGUGAUGGAAUGGCUCAGGUCAGUGGAUCUGGCAGAAUACGCACCAAACCUUCGAGGAAGCGGAGUGCACGGUGGCCUGAUUAUUCUUGAACCUCGCUUCAAUGGUGAUACACUAGCAAUGCUCCUGAAUAUUCCACCUCAAAAGACCCUGCUGCGACGCCACCUGACAACCAAUUUUAACGUGUUAAUUGGACCAGAGGCACAACAAGAAAAAAGAGAAAUAAUGGAGUCAACAGCAUACACACCUCUGACCACCACUGCCAAAGUUCGACCAAAGAAACUUGGAUUUUCACAUUUUGGAAACUUAAGAAAAAAGAAGUUUGAUGAAUCAACAGACUACAUCUGUCCUAUGGAUACAAACCCGGCUGCCGCGAAUGGUACUCAGAAAAACCAUGGUGGCUACAAAGGACUUAGUCCCUUCACUGAGAGGGAACUGGAUCAGAUGGAACAUUCAGAAGGAACAGUAAUGCAAAUAGGGGCUCUUUCUCAAGGCAUAAGCCAUCUGACGGUACGUACUAAUCUCGCUCUUGUUUUAAAGUCCCAAGUGUAUUCUGCUAGAAUUCAGUGAACUUUACUCAUUGCUGGUGGUAGUUAAGAGUAACUGUGUCACCAUUCUUGUUAAAUACCUCUUUGCAGCCUGGUUGUGCAUUCACAGUCUAAAAAACACCCUGCUUUUGAAUCGCACUAGAAAUUAGGUUUCAUUUAAGCCUAUAUUAAGUUUCAUUUAGGCCUGUAUUAAGUUUCAUUUAGGCCUAUUUUAAGUUUUCCUGAACUCUGCUAUCUCUUUGACCCAGUGACAGAUACUCAUCCCCUUAGACUUCACAAGUAACCACCAUCAAAUGCCUCAGUCAUAGCAAAGUCUAGCAAAGAGGUACAGACUUGAAAAUUUACAUGGGCUAAAAGUCCAUGGAAAUCACUGUAUUAAUUCCUGACUCCAGAGCAGCUAAUUUAAAAAAAAAGCUGUCUGAAAGGUAUAAUGAAGAAUUACAUAACAUAGUUGAAUCACAUGCUACCCACAAAAUCUCUGUCAGGAUUUUCUCAAGCGAAUAGCUUACUUAAAGCUGCAUUCAAGAAAUUCCAUUUAAUUCUCUGUGGCUCUAACCCCCUCUGUUGUGAGUGUGAUCUCAUUACAGUGGGGUUUCUCCAACUAUAGGCCUCUAAUUCAAUAUGCUCACUCAUCUGCAUCUUGCAUUUUUUUCAGACGAUGCUGAGCCAAGAUGAAAUGCUGAAUGACAGCAGGUUUUUAACACCUACCUUUGAAGACUGGAGAUGAUGUUUCAACGUGACCAAGAACACUGAAUACCUCGUGCCUGUCCAGAGGGGUGGCCGGGAGAAGCUUGCUGCUGUGGUGCAGAAAAGCUUUACCUCUUCUCUGCAAUGAGACUUGCUGCAUAGCAUUUACCAUUGUCAGUGUAGCAGCACGUUACAGGUAACUCUCCUCUGCCCUCUUUUCCAUAUUUCAGAGUGUGAAAUAGGUACUCAGAGAGAAGUGGCAUUCAUAGCCAGGGUCUGGAAAGCCAAGACUGGCAACAUGUUUUACCCUUUUAUUCAGUUAUCUUUUACAUGGUAUGUUUAUGCAUUGUUCUAUGAAAGAUCUUUUGUAAUUUUUUAUAAUUAUCUUGUAAUGCAGGAAUCAUUAAUAUUCUAUAGUACCAUGUAGACUAAUCAGAAAUACUUAGAAUUUCAGAGGGAUGCUGCAGUGGUAAUGGCUCACUAACUACUACUGCAGCCUUGCCAGAGACUCAUUCCCAGAAAAGGAUGCUAAUCUCUCAUCCAUUACAUUAGCACAUGUCCUGCCCUCUUUUUCUCCAAGUGCAGAGUAGAAUGGGAAAAAUGUAAGAGAAUACUAUCCAUCAAGCCCAUGCUUUUAUCAGGAGGAUGACAAUCAAAAUGUCAUGUUCACAAAUCUUUACCUAACUCAAAAAGAUGCUGGACAACCGCAGCAGGAAAUGUAACUUUGAGAUGACCAGAAAAACUGAAGGAUUCAAAAGCUGGUGCUUCAUUUAGAGUGAGUUUUGGGUUUUUUUAUUGUGUGGUUUUUACAUGUGCACUAAGAUACUCACAAUCAAGGAGCAAUCACAACACUUUACUAAUUAAAAUGUAACUUUAAGAGUGGUGUUUGCUGCGCUCUGUAGGGCAAGUGCAACAGCAUUUCCAGCAUGAUCCACUGUUUGGUUUUAAAUGACAGUUCUUUGACUAGAACUAUUGAAUGGGCUCCUUCCACACACUGACAGUUUGUCUAAAAUGGCUAGUACUGACCCUUCUGAAUAGUCACGGUGGCUCAAAGUUUUCUGAGCCCUGUACCUGGUUGGUCUGAAAUGUAGUACAUGCUCUUGGGAAAACAGGCAUGGUAAUAAGCCUGUUUGCUUUCUGUGGUUACACCUAAUUAAACAUAAGGCUGCAAACAGCCCUGAGGCCUGGAGAUUGCAGUAGAAACACUUCUGUAACAUUUGCAUGAGAACUGGUGAUGUAAAACAAUAUUGCUGUUCGCUUUCAGUUCUCUUUUCAUUCCAGCUACAGAUAGAUUUUCAUAGAAUAUUUAGCAAUAGAAAA